AUGGCCAGGGAGGGCAAGCUUCGCAUCGGCGCCUUUCCUGACUUCCGCACUGCAGUGGAUGAGUUGAAAAUGGCUGGGGCAAACAUGAAGCCCCCGGAGUUUGAGUGCUGCGUUCCAUUGGGGGACGGGUCUCUUGUGGUGAAGCAGGCCCUCAUCGAUUUAUGGACGGUGAAGAACAAAGAGUUUACACUCGACGCAGAGGCUGUUCUCCAAGAGCACAACAAGCGGUGGAACACAAAAGGCGUGAAGAGGGGCGCAGAGACCCAAGACCCAAAUGGUGGUUAUGAUGAAACGAGCCCGCCAGCAAAACGCAUCCGAGUUGACAACAUGGCCAUGGUUACUGAGCAAGAGACGCACAUGGAAGACAAGUUCACCUUGGCAUGCGGCACCUUUCGCCUGGUCUAUGACAGAAAGACCGAGCAAUUAUGGAUUCGGGCAGAGGACAAAGCCAAGGAGGCGGUGCAGGUUGGUGGCAAGACAGAACUAUUUGGAUAUGGCAGUGGGGAAUGGCUCGAGGGCAGCGCGUGCAAAGAUGUCAUGAGUGACGUUGGGGCCUCUGGGAGGUGGAUUGCCUUCUGCCUGAAGAACCCCAACGAGCAAAUCAUCAUGGAGUGUGAUAAAAAAGUGCCUGACCACCUGAAGCAGGCCAACAUCUACAACCAAGCAACUUGGUUUGAAUAA